AUGCGGCUACUGGUUUCCAAGAAGGAACACAAGUGGCUCAAGCUACCUUUGGCAGAGCGAGAGAAAAAACUGGCCAUCAUGCAGAAGCAGCCGGUGGCGCAUCUUCUGAAAUUGGUGCUGCUGCCGCCGGCAGCAGAAAAGGUCAAGCAAGGUGUAGCACGCUAUGGAUCAAAAGUUGUACUGACUGAUGAUGAUGCUAAAAAAGCUACCGCUGCUAAAGGUUGCAAAGAAAGGGAUGAUGUUGACGACGAUAUUGUAUUCGUAGUAGGUGAACCAGGUGAAGUGGUUUAUGAUGGCGCCAAAGAAAUAAAAAAAGAAAUCAAAAAAGCUCGAGGUGGUUCCGUGAAGGUCGUCACUAGGAAAGGUGAAAAAUUAGGCAAAGGCGUGCACCCAAUGGUAUCGGAUCGAGCUCGAGAAGCCGACGAGGCUGCUGCAGGAAAACCACAAAUUAAAGAAAGUCAACUUCUGGCUGAAGCAGCAACAAAAGUCGAAGAACCAGACACAAUGAUUAGGCAAAAGAAAAUAGGCGAUCAUGCGCGUGUUAAACUUCCACCAUCCGUUUCCGACAAAGCGUUCGACGACGAGUUCAGACGAGGUGCAGCAAUUGACCACGCUAAGCAUGCAGCGGGAGAAGCGGGUUCGGCAAUCGGUGAUAAACUUGAAGAGGCAAAAAAUGUUGCAGGCGAGAAAGCAGAAAGCAUCAAAAGUGAUGUAGAAGAAGGCGCACAUGAUUUUGCGAGUGAAUCUGAAAGGAAAGCGGAAAAGAUCAAGUCUGGCGCUGUGGAUGCGGCUCGAGGUGCAAAGGAAGGUGUGGAGUAUGCUGGCCAGGCAGUUGCC